GGGCGAGUGCGCGUGCGCGGGCGCCCCCCCGGGCCCAGGAUGGCGGGCCGGGGCCGGGGCCGGGGCCGGGGGCAGAUGACGUUCAACGUGGAGGCCGUGGGCAUCGGCAAGGGGGACGCGCUGCCCCCGCCCACGCUGCAGCCCUCCCCGCUCUUCCCGCCCCUGGAGCACCGCGCGGCGCCCCUGCCGGGGGGCGAGGAGGGCGAGUACAUGCUGGCUCUGAAACAGGAGCUGCGCCGCGCCAUGAGGGGCCUCCCCUACUUCGUCAAACCGGGGGCUCCCCGCAGAGACAUCGAGCGCUACUCGGACAAGUACCAACUCUCCAGCCCCAUGGACAGCGCCAUCGACUGGAACCCAGACUGGCGGCGGCUCCCGCGGGAGCUGAAGAUCCGCGUGCGGCGGCUGCGGAAAGGCAGGACCGCCCCCCUCGUCCCCAAGCAGCGCGUCACGCCCGACAAGGAGGAGACCAUUAAGAAGCUGGAGAGCCUGGAGAAGAAGGAGGAGGAGGUGACGUCGGAGGAGGAAGAGGAGAAGGAGGAGGAAGAAGAGGGGAAGGAGGAGGAGGAGGAGGAGUACGAUGAGGAGGAGCACGAGGAGGAGACCGACUACGUCCUGUCCUACUUCGACAACGGGGAGAGCUUCGGUCCCGACAGCGACGACAACGGGGACGAGGCCGUUUACUGAGCCAGGGACCCCCCCAGAGCAGGGACCCCCGGGCACACCGUGGGACACUGGGGUCCCCUGGCACCCUCCUUGGGACACUGGGGUCCCCUGGCACCCCCACUUCGGGGUACAGGAGGUCCCCUCUCACCAGCCCCCAAGGCCACUGGGGUGUCCUUUCACCCCCCCAUUGGGACAUUGGGGUCCCCUGAACCCCCCCAGGACACCAGUGCCCCCCAUCGUCCCCACUGGGACAUUUGGGGUCCCCUGUCCCCCUCCGUGGGACAUUUGGGGUCCCCUGUCCCCCUCCCUGGGACAUUUGGGGUCCCCUGUCCCCCACCCUGUCACUCCCCCAUCCACCACCAGGUGGCACCAGUGCUCCGGGAGAGGGGGGGCAGGACCCCCCCCCAAAUUUGGGAUCCCCCAUUUCCCUCCAACCCCUUUUACAGC